GUUAUCUUGUUUGCUAAAAGCUAGAUUUCUAGAUCUACAUGUAGCGCUCUGGCUAUUAAGCAAGUCUCAUAAAGUUCAAAGAUUCUUAUAGAUUCUUAUAGUCACAGUACCGUAUCCUCUGAGAGCAUCUUAUGUGAUACAUUUUGUUGUAUUGUAUUCUCUACCCAUUUAGUCUUCUUUCGAUUCUCUUCGCAUCCGUAUUUUCAAAUGUUUCAGUGCUAUGAAUAAUGGACAAGUCAGAGGUCAAGGCUACCAUUGAAGAUUUCUUCUCGGAUGAAUACGACAGCGGCAGUGAACCGGAUGUCGAGUGUGUGGAGGUCAAGAAGCAGAGCAGCAAGCCAACCAGUCAGAAUGAUUGUAAAGAAGUCAGACAACCUGAUUUAAGUUCUACUCAAUCGAAGACAAACGUGUAGCCCGACUAUAGAUAAUAAAAUAGUACUGUAUAUCUUUACAGCAUUUUAAUUUUUAAGUAAUAUAUACAGAUAUAUAUAUACAUAUUGUUCACAAUUUUUUCGAGUAUAAAAUAUUAUAUUUAAAAACUAUCUGAGUUGUGAUCAGUUGUGAAGGAACAAAUCAAUACAUCGUCAAGAGCACUUCUGAUUGGCGAACCUGAGAUGCAAUGAUGGACCCGGACGAGGUCAAGGCCACCAUCGAUGAUUUCUUUUCGGAUGAGAACGAGAGCAGUGAGACGUCUGACGGAGACGACGACGACAUCAUCAGCCGAACAAAGUCUGGCAUAACCCAGACCACAGGAAGCAAAGAACGCAAGAAGAAGAAGAAAAAGAAAAACACCGGGCCGUCGUCUGCUCUGCCGUCUGCUGAUCUGACGCCAGCAGAGUUUCGUAAGCGCGGGAAAGAAUUGGUUGAUUUCAUAGCAGACUAUCUGGAGGGAUCACGUGACAGACCGGUCAAUCAUUCCGCUAUUCAAGGAUUCUUGUUCAAGAAAAUGUCCAAAAUACCCCCAAGAGAUCCAGUGUCCAUGGAUGACGUGUACAAGGACAUCAAAGAAUUCAUUUUUCCAGGGCUCCCGCAGUGGCAGAGUCCCAAACAUCAUUCACUGCUUCCUGCAGGUGGUUCCUACGCCAGUCUUCUUGGUAGCAUGCUUUGUGACGGCCUGGGAUGUGUCGGCUUUACUUGGGCUGAUUGCCCUGCGGCUACAGAACUUGAAAUGUUGGUCAUGAACUGGCUAGCUCAUCUGCUUGACCUUCCCAAAGACUUCCACUUUUCUGGGAAGGGAGCGUCCACAGGUGGAGGUGGUAUCAUACAGACAACUACCACUGAUGCCCUUCUGACCGUCACUGUGUCAGCCAAGCGCUACAUGCUAGAACAUCUUAAGUACGCCAACCCAGAGGAGACAGAGUGGAGUCUGUUGGAUAAGUUCAUGGUCUAUUGCUCAGAACAGGCUCACCCAAGCUUGGAAAGAGUGUGUGAGAUUGCUGGCGUCCGUCUCAAGAGGCUGUGGACAGACAGACUGGGAAUCAUGCACGGAGACACCCUGAGAUUUGCCAUUGAGAAAGACAGAGCCAAGGGAUACUACCCGUUUUUGGUUAUCGCUACAGUUGGUACAAUAGCCAGUACCUCUGUGGACCAAAUCGGAAAAAUUGGUCCAAUACUGGAUGCAGACGACAGCCCAAAGAUCUGGUUUCAUAUCGAGUCUGGGUAUGCUGGGAGCUCGUUCAUCUGCCGAGAGUAUCAGCCACUUCUGCACGGGAUAGAUUAUGCUGAUUCUUUCUCCAUGUCUGCCCAUAAGUGGAUGCCUGUCCACAUGGACUGUGCUUGUUUGUGGGUGAAGAAGAUCACACACUUGACUCAGACGUUCGCGUGCGAGGACCCAGAGGGACCCCUGUACAUCCCAGCAGACGACAAGAAUAUAAUGGCAGAUUACAGGGGCUGGAGUCUGCCCAUGACGAGGAGAUUCAGGGCUAUGAAACUCUGGGUUGUGUUUAAGUUGUACGGAGUCAAGGGACUGCAGCAGAAGAUAAGAGAGGAUGUCAGACGAGCCAAGGAGCUUGAAAAACUGAUUGGCGAGGACCACAGAUUUGAGAUCCUCGGAGACGUCAUGUUUGGAGUCGUCCCUUUUCGCUGCAAACGCCCAGAUAACAAUGACAUCAACUUUGAGAUCUUGAAGCAGAUCAACAAGUCAGCGGUCAUCAAGAUGACCGGGGCCAGGAUCGGCUACAAAUUCUGGCUGAGGUUCGUCAUUUCCGGCCGCUACACGGACUCGGAGGAUGUGAAGUUUUCGUGGGACAUGAUCCGACGUACGACCAACAAGGUGAUCGCCGAUUACACGGAGCGCCAGCACAAUGAGGACAGGUGCGGGAUGCCCAACUACAAGCACGUGAUUAUGAUAGGCAAGGAGGAACGAAUGGACGGGGACGAGAAAGAGGAAGAAGUGGAAACUCACAGUCGGCGGAUCGAUUCCUUCAUCCAGUAAUGUCACAGCUGUUAAGCGCCAUAUGAGACAGCCAUUUAAACUCCUUGUUAUUUUAAAGCUUCAUCUAACCACAAAUUAGAUUUAUACGCAUUGUAUGACAUUACAUUCGUAUUUUAUAGGUUAGUUCAGUGAUGCCCAACCUAAUUCGGCCCGCGGGCCUUUAUAAUUUCCUACACUCGUCUCGCGGGCCACAUGAACGAAAAGUUAUAAAAUGAAAUUAAAUUGUUCUGAAACUAUUUUGGUAGAAACCUAUGGAUUUAAUACUUAAUUAAUAGUUUACUUGACAAUUAUAUAUUUUUUUACGCGAUAGACACUAUCAUUAUCUCUCUACUUAAAUGUGAGCAACACCGGCUCAUGUUGUGGUCUCUUUUUGAUAAAUAUUUCCAUGGAUCCUCAAAUAUCUAAGCGUAGUUUAACAAUCUUUUAUUCGCGGCUCAAACCAAGAAUGCCACCGUAUUAAUUUUAUAAAGUGGUUUUUAUGUUGUUGUUUUAUCAAACAGCCACACUUUCUUUAUAAAAUAAAUAUGUUGGCUUAUUAUCAUGUUCAAAAACACACACAUGUUAAAGAUCACGAUACCAAUCCAUCAGAGAAAAAGUGAGGGCCCAAACGUAGGUAAAGAUACAUUUUUUCAACUUUUUUUUUGUUUGGAAGGUAAAUUUCUACACUUAGUGCCGACGUUGCGGCGGGCCGGAUGGAACCACGUCGCGGGCCGAAUAUGGCCCGCGGGCCGUAGUUUGAGCAUCACUGGGUUAGUUAAAUACGACGGAAACUAAAUAGUCUAAAUCAAGAUAGGAUCACCGAAUUUUAGAAAAAAGUUAUAUAGGUCUCAACUCUGACAUGGGACGUCGCAACCUGUGGGCAGUGGAAACCAAUAGCUCGUUACAGACCUGUGACGUGGAAACGAGGUGCUGGUCUCCACUGCACACAGGAUGUGACGUUGCAGGUCAGUGUUCAGGCCUUCUGUGACGAUUGGUCUCGAGCUGGUUCAGCUCUCUAGUCACCAAAACAUACAACGUAUUCCUGAAUUGUGGCGACGCUAAAGAAGAAAACAAGUGACACCAUGAAUAAAAAAAAAAGGGAGGUGGCGGCUAUAGACGGUCAAUGUCGGGUGAUACUUAGGCCAUUCGUUAAAGAAGGCCUCAACACUGACCUGUGACCUGGCAACGAGCUAUUGGUCUAAACUGCCCACAGGUUAUGACGUCGCAGGUCAGUGGUGAGGUCUUCUAUAACGUAGGGUCUCGGUAAUACAUGUGUGUUAAAGUAAACAAACGAAAGGGGAUGGGAGGGUAAGGUGAAGGAUUUGUGUCGUCACUUCCUACUACAGUCACGUGAUAUAGUUAUUAAUAACGUAAGAGUGAAUGGUGUCGCGGCAAGAACGAUAACUCUGUUCUCCAUCGUCAGACAAGAGUUAUCAGUCGUUCCAUUUUUUUUUGUAUUACUUGUUUAAAAUCUAGGAUAAGGAAACAAGUGCUGCAUUAACCUGAGACUUAACAACAUAAGGAGAUACAUAUUCUUUCACCAUUUUUCAUAAUAACACACACACGCACAAAGAAUGACACUCGUAAUUUCCUAAUUACGUCACUGUCUUAAUUCGUCCACACCACCACCAUUAGUAGCAUCUAAUUUUGAGUAGCUUCAUUCUUUUCCUUAUAUUUAUUUUUCCAUGGCCAUUGCAAAUUAUUCAUCACACUAAAAACUAUUUUUUGUUAAAUUAUUCAUCAAAUUAAGACGAACAUUUUAAAAUACACAUAGUACAUAGAGCCCACUGGCUCACGCUAACUAGUGUUAUUUCAAUAACUCAUUCAAUCCUUCUAAUCUUAUGGCUUAUCUAUAUUAUCUCUCCCUGGAACGGCGAGUGCUAUUAAAAAGAACAAAAAAACGCAAGGAUUACUCAGUCAAUCUCUACACCGUAAACAUAAACACACGUGCCUCACGUGGGGCUGUUUCUGUUUCUACUUGUUAUUCCAAUGUAUACAUUUAUAUUUACAUUUUACAAGUUUAUAAAAUAAAUUAUUUUUUUUUCAAAUUCUCAAA